UCGUUGGUCGUGCGUGCGUUGAUGCCGACGUUCGAGCGCGCGUUCUCAAACAACUCGCAACAAGCAACAAGUUACAAGCAACUUCUUCAAUUCCGAAAGUUCACAAGUAUUCACUUGUGGCUUGCAGUGCGAAGUUGAGUUUAAUACGGCGUCAGAACGAAGGAAAUCAACGCUGGAGACAUCCAAACGAUAAACUGCUUUUGAAAAAUUUUGAAAAUUUUUCGAAAAAAUUUUCAAAAAUAAAUAUAAAAAGUGUUUUUGUUAUAUUCGCACAUUUGGGACUUGUGUGGGACAUUUUGGGAGGUAAAGCAACCGUGUUAAACUUGUUUGGACUAUCCGAAGGGUGCCUGGCCCUCCAAAAAGGGAGGUAAGCAAAAUCAUCGGUAGAAAGACGUGCAUGGUCGCAAACGGUAGCCCGAGACACCCAUAACCAGCUUGCGAACAAGGAACUUCUUCGGAUGACAGAGACGCGAGAUAUGCCGGCUUGAAGUUGGGUUGAGUCGGAGAUUCUUCACUGCAAGAGUUCAACUUGUGGCAUUCAGGUCGGUCUACCUACCUACCAGAUCUUCAAAUAUCUACAAGAGAUCAAUAUUAAUAUAUUUGCAUAUUGUGUAUCUGCAAGUGACUGGUGUAUGUGUUUAUGACAGCAGAUUUUAUUACGAGGGGGAAUUCCAAAAAGGGAUCCGUUUUUUCAUCUGCCACUGCUUCCAGCACGUGAGCAAACACAAACAGCUGUGUUUCUCUUCGGUUAACCUUGAAACCAAACAAGAAACUGCGAAUAAUUUAAGUGUGAUGUUUAAAAUGUUAACAUUAGCUUCGAAAACUGUUAGUGGAACAAGUGAUACAAGUGAACAAAUUAAAGUAGUACGUUAAUACGCUUCAGUUGGCAAAAUGGCGGCGUCGCAUGGCAAAAAACGUGCGUUUGGAUUAUUUGCCACUCUCGUCGAGAUGGAUGAAGAUUCCAACGGGGUUGUGACGAAGAUUGACGUUGAUGUCGGUGUUGAUGUGGAAAAUAUUCUCGAUGCAAGUGAAUUUCAAACAACGUCAUCACCUUCGGUUGCUAGUUAUGCCAACCAUUGGACAACAACACUCUUGGUUACCUUCUCCAUCAUCACAGUAACAAUCAACCUGUUACUUUUGUUGCUAUUCACAAAGAGAAGGAGUUUAAGGACUGUUUCAAACAGAUUUGUAAUAAAUCUGCUCUUCAUCAGUCUGCUGAGCAGCGCCAUCUUGGUGCCCUUUGUCAUCCUGGACCUGGAAUCCCAUACGAAUCAAAAUGGCGGUCUUGACGUCCGACUGUCGAAUGACACAUCGAAUACAUCAUGGUCAUCAGAGUCUACAUUCAACAUCAUCAACAUCCCGUCGAUGCUGGCGCAAUUCACGCUGAAUUUCAUCUGCACGGCGUCGAUUCUAAGCAUACUCCUUAUUGGAGUCGAUCAAUAUCUUGCAGUAUUGCAUCCGCUACGUUGUCAUAGCUAUAUGAACAAACCCAAGAGUCUUCUCUUGAUUCUCACCAGUUAUCUAAUCUCGUUGACAUCGUCCUGUCUAGUCGCUUUGAUGAACGGCAACGCGUCAUUUUUCCCAAAUCUAAAAGACAACCCUCAUCAGUUGAUUCAUGUCCGAGUCGAAGGUGGUCCCAGUUACUGGUUACUAGGCUAUGGUGUCUUUUACCUAGGAGCUGUUAUCGUGACUCCUUUUAUCACAAUCUGUAUCAUCUACGUGUUGAUCUACAGAGCUGCACAUAGAAACAGUGCUCGUUUGAGACGCAGCCAUUUUGAAACACCGAAGCGUCAGACUCUACCCAAGGUGCAGUCUGCUCCCAAUUUUAUCACCUCACAAAUCGGUAGUAAUGUUUCGGAUCAAGUUGAUCCUUUAGUAUCUACCCCGAAGGAAAUCUGUUCUGAUUUGACGAAAAUCGCUAAAGUUGAAAGGACCCACAGUGAUAGAAUACCCAAUAUCCUUACUUCUUUGAAGACUAAGAUUAGUAAUGCUUCAGCGUUUCGUUAUCGUGAGGAAAAUCGAACUGCGAAGAUUAGUAUCAUUGUCAUCGUCAUGGUCCUGGCUUGUUACGCACCCUAUGGCGUGAUGUACCUCUUAAGCAGUAUUUCAUCCUCUGAUGACUUCUUCAUACCGAAUAGAAUUGCUAUCAUUCUAUUGAUUUCUUCUAAUUUAUGGUCACCUAUACUAUUCGCUUUGCGGAAUCGAAGAGUUCAAAGAGAACUGAAAAAAUUUCUGACUUUGAAGUCUUCCCAUGGAGAAUAUCCUGUUAAUAGAAGACAGUCACGUCCACAGAUUGUCAUUCAGGACAUUGAAACCACUUUAAAUAAACAUCCUGAUGCCGUACAGAUUGAACCCUUUCUUGCGAAUGGUACGGACAGACUGGAUCAUAUCCAACGAUUGGAUAACUUAGAAACCAAUGAGGAAUUCAACUUUAAGGAUUUCAAAGAUGCUAAAGAUAGUUCCAAGAGUAUCCUGAAGAGGGUCUGCAGUAAAAACUGGGGGAGUUAUAAAAAAUGCAGCUUUAUCAAUGUCCCCGAUGGAUGUCUAGAUGCCCGAGGGUCUUUUAGCAGUGCCAGCACGCAGAUAUCAACUGAAGAUUAAAGUUAACCUAGAUUAUCCUUCUUAACCAAAAAAAAACACAUGACAUUUAUAUUUGAUGGUACUUGCCAAAGCGAACAUACUAACCUAUUAAACAAUUUGAGACAUAGAUGGAUAUUUUAAUGUAUGUACUUCAAACUGUAAUGAUGGACUGAUUCAAUGUGAUAUAUUACUAAUGUUAUGUUAAAUUAGGUUAGGUUAGUUGUAGUAUGUAAUGUUAGGUUAAGAUCAAUCAAUGUGGUAUUAAUUUUAUCAUGAGUGUAUAAAUGUAUAAAUGUGACAGAUGUUAACUAGUCCCAAAUAAAAUGAAAAUGUAACAAA